AUGCCGGGCGGCGCUGGGCUGCGGCGGGCGCUGCUGGGAGCGCGGCGGGCGGCGGGCGGCGCCGGGAGCCCCGCGGCCAUGUCCUCCCAGUCUCACUGGUUGACGACAGAGGAAAGGAAUCAAGUUUUACUGGAUCUCAAAGCUUCAGGCUGGUCUGAGCUGGGAGAAAGAGAUGCCAUCUACAAGGAGUUCAAUUUCAAAAAUUUUAAUCAGGCUUUUGGAUUUAUGACACGUGUUGCUCUGCAAGCAGAGAAGAUGAAUCACCACCCGGAAUGGUUUAAUGUCUACAGCAAGGUUCAGAUAACUCUGAUUUCCCACGACUGCGGUGGACUGACCAAGAGAGAUGUGAAGCUGGCUCAGUUUAUUGACAAAGCUGCUGCCUCAGUUUAACCAGGAUGUAAAAGGCUUUAAUACAGUGUCCACCUAUAUUUUGUGUUUAAAUGGGACCCUCUUUCCUUGUAAUCUUGAUUUCCAAAACCUGUAGAGGAAAAAUGUUUUAUAAAGGGAGUGGCUGAGCUUGUCUGACCUUCUGUACCUUAGUCUUGAGACCCCUUUAGAUCCCUGUGCUUGUCCUUUCCCAAUGCUGGGUCUGCAGGAGGAUGUAGCGGAUAAACCCGCAAUAAAUAAAUUUUCAGCAGUUCUUUUCUAGAAACUAAACUGAGCUGCAAUGAAACCAGUAGCCCACCCAUGUGGGCUAAGCCCACGGGACUGGUGGCAGCUGCUGUAUGAGUUUCCCCUGUGCCUGGUGACUUCCCUCCUAUAGAUUUGUAAAUAUCUGCACUUCAAACAGUGUAAGAGCAGCCUGGCCAGGUCAGUCCCCUCUGGCUGGUACCAUCAUCUCUGCCAGUGACAAGUGCCAGGACACGGGGCAGAGCAGUGCAAGCUGCUGCUGAUGUGUCCUUGGCGUUACAGCUCAACUGGCAGGAACAGCUGUAUCCAGAGCUGCUGCUUGAGAGCUUUUCCCCAUCUGAGAGUAUAGAAUCACAUAACCACAGACUGCUUUGGGUUGGAAGGAACCUUAAAGCUCAUCUUGUUUCACCCCCCUGCUGUGGGCAGGGUCACCUUCCACUGGAUCAGUUUGCUCCAAGCUCCAUCCAGGCUGGUUUGGACACUCCCAGAUGCAGGACUGGAUCUUGGAGUUGCUGAAAACGUUAGCACUGGUACUGCAAAUACAAAAAAGUUCCAGUGAGCUCCCAGCUCUCCCACCAUUAAAUGAAGCACGUGCUUAAGUGCUUGGCCAGGUCAGUGCUCAGCACCGUGCAGGAUUGAGACACUGUUGGUAGUUCAGUGCUCCAGUACCUGCUGGAUCAGGCAGGGGGUUGCUUGGCCCAGUGCCUGGAGCCCUGGCCAGGGCUGCCGGUGGUGAAGGAAGUGGCAUUAGCAGGAUUCUUGCUAAGCUGGGCUUGACUGAAGCUAUGCUCACCCACUUUUUUUUCAUAGCUAGAAUUACUCGUUGCAAACAUUGUUGCAGGAGUUGCAGAUCCCUCUGACAACGUUUAAAAUAAUUUUUUCUGUGGUUUGAAAUGCCUUUGUUUUUAUCCUGUGAUCCUCCCCGAGACAGAUUUCCAGUGCCGGCAGGGAGAUUUCAUCCUGCUCAAAGCUUGCAGGAAGGCCUCUACUAGUUCUGCUGAGUGCCCCCAGCAUGCUCUGUCAUGCCCUGUGAGCAGCUCCGGCUGCGGCGCUCCCGGGAGAUUGACACCUCCGAAAUGCCGCAGUGCAUUGCUCAGAUGACACCAGCGGCACCGCCACCAGCUACCGAGAAGUGAGAGGCACGGCUGCCAAAAUCUAUAUCGGGCCUACAUGCGAGGUGUGUGGUCUCUCAGAUAUUUUGGGAUGCAAAAUGCCAUGAGCUGCUGCCCAAGUGACUGUGUUGAUAAAAUGAGAAAUAUAUUUUUUGUAAAUCCUUAGCAAACGCACCAUCACGUGCUAAUUGGUCACACAUAGGAAGCAAGGUGUUGGGGUUUAUUGUCAGUAACCCUACUUGGGAUAUCAAGUUAAUACCUAAAAAGACCCAAAUUCAGACUUCGUGCUCAGCUGUUCUUUUCUCACAAGUGCCUUUCCCCAGUGAAGUGGAGGAUUUCCCUGAUAUGGUUUGAAAAUGGUCACUGUUGUUAGGAGGGAAUAAAACUAAAACAAACAACCAGGCUGUGAUGUCUUCUGUUACUGGUGGGGAAGUGAAAUGAGCUUCACCCAAAGUUUUGACAACAUCUCUAAUGAACUGUGAAAAGUCUGUUGUUCAGAAUUUAUAUAUAACACAUGGGCUUUGAAUAAAACCAAUAAAAUCAAA